CGGGAAACCCGAGGAAGGAGUUCGGUUUUGCCGGGAAACGAUCAGUCAGAGAGCGGCGUCUUCUUUGGCACUUUCACUUGAUCCGUUUUUGCGUUUAAUUAAAUAAAAAGUGCGCUGUGAGCAGAACCUGAUUUAGUUGGACCUGCUGUGGACACGGACCUGGUUCAGCAUGUCUGGUUUCGACGACCCCGGAGUUUACUACAGCGACAGCUUCGGUGGCGGAGACGGACCCGGCGCGGAUGAAGGAGGACAGAAACGGAUCCAGAUCAAGAAGCGGUUCCGUGAGUUCCUCCGGCAGUUCCGAGUCGGUACCGACCGCACCGGCUUCACGUAUAAAUACAGAGAUGAGCUGAAGAGACACUACACCCUGGGGGAGUUCUGGGUGGAGGUGGAGAUGGAGGACCUGGCCAGCUUCGACGAGGAUCUGUCCGACUGUCUCUACAAGCUGCCCACUGAGAACCUGCCUCUGCUGGAGGAAGCAGCCAAAGACGUCGCUGACGAGGUGACUCGUCCUCGUCCUGUGGGGGAGGAGACGGUGCAGGACAUCCAGGUGAUGCUGAAGAGCGACGCCCACCACGCCUCCAUCCGCAGCCUCAAGUCGGAGCAGGUGUCUCGUCUAGUCAAGGUGCACGGCAUCAUCAUCUCGGCCACAGCGGUGAGGGCGAAGGCCACCAAGGUGUGUCUGCAGUGUCGCGGCUGUCGUGGCAUCAUCAACAACAUCCCCCUGCCUCCGGGCCUGCAGGGCUACGCUCUGCCCCGCAAGUGCAACAAGGACAACGUGGGCAGCGUGAAGUGUCCCGUGGACCCGUACUUCAUCAUCCCAGACCGCUGCGUCUGCGUCGACUUCCAGACGCUGCGACUACAGGAGUCUCCGGAUGCGGUGCCUCACGGAGAGAUGCCGCGACACUUACAGCUCUACUGCGACAGGUACCUGUGCGACCGCGUGGUCCCAGGAAACAGGGUGACCAUCAUGGGCAUCUACUCCAUCAAGAAGAUGGCAGCUGCAAAGGCCCAGGGCAAAGAGAAAGGAGUGGGCGUGGGCAUCCGGGCGUCCUACCUUCGAGUGGUGGGCAUCCAGGUGGACACGGAAGGAGCAGGCCGCGGAGCCACUGGGUCUGUGUCUCCACAGGAGGAGGAGGAACUGAGGGCCCUGGCUGCUUCUCCCAACGUCUACGACUCUCUGGCACGCUCGGUUGCACCCUCCAUCUACGGCAGUGACGACCUGAAGAAGGCCAUCACCUGUCUGCUGUUUGGAGGCUCCAGGAAGAGGCUGCCGGAUGGUCUCACGCGGAGGGGGGACAUCAACCUGCUGAUGCUGGGAGACCCUGGUACAGCGAAGUCGCAGCUGCUGAAGUUCGUGGAGAGAUGCUCCCCCAUCGGGGUCUACACCUCGGGUAAAGGCAGCAGUGCUGCUGGUCUGACGGCCUCGGUGCUGAGGGACCCCAACACCCGUGGCUUCAUCAUGGAGGGCGGCGCCAUGGUGCUCGCUGAUGGUGGAGUUGUUUGCAUCGAUGAGUUCGACAAGAUGAGAGAAGACGACAGGGUGGCGAUCCACGAGGCCAUGGAGCAGCAGACCAUCUCCAUCGCUAAGGCCGGCAUCACCACCACUCUGAACUCGCGCUGCUCAGUUCUGGCUGCAGCCAACUCCGUGUUCGGCCGCUGGGACGACACCAAGGGGGAGGACAACAUCGACUUCAUGCCCACCAUCCUGUCCCGUUUUGACAUGAUCUUCAUUAUCAAAGACCAACACGACCAGCAGAGAGACAUGACUCUGGCUCGUCACGUGAUGAACGUUCACCUCAGCGCUCAGACUCAGACCGAGGGCGUCGAGGGCGAGAUUCCACUCACAAGCUUUAAGAAAUACAUCGCCUACGCCCGAGCGAAAUGUGGCCCUCGCCUCUCUGCCGCUGCCGCAGAGAAGCUGAAGAACCGAUACGUGGUGAUGAGGAGCGGAGCCAGAGAGCACGAGAGGGAGAGCGACAAGAGGCCCUCGAUCCCCAUCACCGUCAGGCAGCUGGAGGCCGUCGUGCGGAUCGCAGAGUCUCUGGCCAAGAUGAAGCUUCAGGCUGUGGCCGGAGAGGAGGAGGUGGACGAGGCGCUGAGGCUGUUCCAGGUUUCCACCCUGGACGCUGCCUUGUCCGGCAGUCUGUCAGGAGUCGAGGGCUUCACGUCUCAGGAGGACCAGGAAAUGAUUUCGCGCAUCGAGAAGCAGCUCAAGAGGCGGUUUGCCAUCGGCUCCCAGGUGUCGGAGCACAGCAUCGUCCAGGACUUCACCAAACAGAAGUAUCCUGAACACGCCAUCUACAAGGUUCUGCACCUGAUGCUGAGGAGGGGAGAGCUGCAGCACCGCAUGCAGAGGAAGGUGCUCUACAGAGUCAAGUGAAGACGCUCGGCGGUGCUUCUUGUACAUAGACUCAAAAACGAAAAAAGUAACAAAAAAAUGUUUUGUGAAGUUCUCUUGCAAUGAUAAAUGUUAUAAUGACCAUGAGUUUGUAAAAUAAAGUUAUUGCAGAUGUAA